AUGGUCAAGUUGCUGCUGCCCGUGCUCCUGCUGCCGUGUUUAUUGGCGUUUCCCGUACCGAAUUCUGGAGAAUGUAAGUUUUAAUAUGUCUUUUUUUAUCGCUGUUUUAGCGCCAUUUAAGUCUUCCGAAGGAAUUUAUGGUUUGCCACCAGAUGUCGACGAUUCUUCGCUCGAAUCCACCACAGAUGAGGCAUCUACGGUUUUUAUUGAUGGUAAGGAUCAUUUUUAAUAUUGUUUUAGAUGGUUUUUUUAGAUUUUUGUGACUUUAUGUAUUUAUAAUAAUAUUAUUUUGUUCUGAUUCAGUGACCGAUUCUGCUUCUGAGUCUACUUUGGAACCUUCUGAAUCUAUUGAUGCGGCCUCCGAGUCUACAUUUGAAACAUCGACUGAUGCAACAGUUGGAGUUCCGAGUCCCAGGAGCUGGCAAUUUGGUUCAUUCGAGAAGUUGGACACUCUUUCACCCAAUUUUUCUCCAUUUGGCCAAGGUAAGUUUUGCUUUUUGUUAUUUAUAAUCGUUAUUUAACCUAGGUUAUAUUUUUUUACCUAAAAAUAAAGCAGCAGUUUAUGGUUGUUUUUAGUUUCUAACACUUCAACUUCUCCGGAAACGACGUCUACUACUACUUCUACAUCAACAACAGAAGUUGUGCCAUCAACGACAACGACUGAAGCCGUUCCGUCUACCACGACCACAGAGGUACUACUCUCAACUACAACUACCGAAGCUGCACCUUCAACAACGUCUACUACUACUGAAUCUGUGACUUCUUCUACAACAACCGAAUUUGUGCCAUCAACGACCACAACCGAAGCUGUACCAUCUACAACGACCACAGAGGUACUAUCCUCAACUACAACCACCGAAGCUCCAACUUCAUCAACGACAACGCUGGUUGUGGAAUCCACAACUACUACCGCGGCUUUACCUUCGACAACGGCUACUGAGGUAGUGCAAUCAUCUACGACUACAGGAGUUGCGCCUUCCACGAAUACGAUUCAAGCUGCAGCAUAUGCAGCUAGCACCGAAGAAGUAAUCUCUUCAACGGCUGAAGCUAUACCAUCAACUACCACAACAGAAUCUGAUGAGGAAGUACCAGUUGGUUACGGUUAUGGAAGCAGUGGUUCUGGAUCUGGCCUAGCUUCAGGAUCUGGGUCAGGUGUUGAGGAGUCUGGCUCUGGUUCUGGAGAUAAGGAAGUGGUUCCAGAAAACUACGGUUAUGGAAGUAGCGGCUCAGGAUCUGGUUCAAGUGAAGAAGAGUCUGGUUCUGGUUCAGGUGACGAUGAAGUGGUACCUGAAGAUUACGGAUAUGAUUCAGGAUCUGGUCACGAAGCGUCUGGCUCAGGAAGCGGUUCAGGAUCUGGUUCGGGCGAAGACGAAUUAGUACCAUCUGGGUCAGGGUCAACUGAAAAACAAUCCGGUUCAGGUUCUGGAAGCGCCUCUGGUUCAGGCAGCGAUGAAGUGGCGCCAGCAGGUUAUGGAUACGGUUCAGGAUCUGGUUCAGGUGACGAGGAGUCUGGUUCGGGAAGUGGUUCUGGUUCCGGCGAAGAUGAAGUAGUGCCAGCAGGCUACGGAUCAGGAUCUGGUGAUGAAGAGUCUGGAUCAGGAAGCGGUUCUGGGUCCGGAAGUGGUUCUGGAUCUGGUUCGGGAGAAGAUGAAUUAGUGCCAUCAGGUUACGGAUACGGCUCAGGAUCUGGUGAUGAAGAGUCUGGAUCAGGAAGCGGUUUUGGCUCGGGAAGUGGUUCUGGUUCCGGCGGUGAUGAAGUAGUGCCAGCUGGCUACGGAUACGGUUCGGGAUCCGGUGAUGAAGAGUCUGGAUCUGGAAGUGGUUCUGGAUCUGGUUCGGGCGAAGACGAAGUAGUUCCAACAACUUCAGGACAAGAGGAAUCUGGUUCUCCAUCAGGGUCAGGUGAAGAGGAAUCAGGUUCUGGAAGUGGUUAUGAAGCUUCUGGAUACGAUGUCCCACCUUAUUAUCCGUACGCCCCAACCAAUGACAACACCACAUCGACAACUACCAAUGCAGAAACUCAAGGAACUACCGUAGGGUACGCCCCAACGCCUACCAACUCAACAUCUUCUGUUGCUUCUUCAAGGUACAUCACAUCAACUAGCACUGCAAAGCCCACUACUUCGUAUACCAAGCCAACCAAGUACACGAGACCAACUCCGUACACCAAGAAGACGACGAAGGCAGCAACCACCAAGCGAUACACUACUAGCACUAACCCAACGACUAAGAUUCCAACCGAGGACGGUUACUAA